UGUCAAUGGCUAGCAAUAUUGGGGGGAAGUGAAGAGCAAUUGCAGAAGAUGGCGGAAUUGAGGAAAACCCUAAAAGAAGGAGAGAGAAUUUUGGCGCCUACUCGAAGACCCGACGGCACUCUCCGCAAGCCCAUUCGUAUUCGGGCCGGGUAUGUUCCCCAAGAGGAAGUCGCCAUUUACCAGUCUAAAGGUGCCCUAUGGAAAAAGGAGAUGGCAGCAUCACAAGUAGUGCCUCCAGGUUACGAUCCGCCUGCAGAUGCAAAAUCGAAGACUAAGUCAGCUAAGAGAAAUGAACGAAAGAAGGAGAAACGGCUACAAGAUGCUCUUGAAAAGGGCAAGAAGUCAGAAGCCUUGGCAGAUGACCAGAUUGAAAGAGAGGAUGUACCUAAGGAAGAUUUAGAUGAUGGAUCAGAGUCUGUUAAAUCAUUGACAUCUCAGAUGACUGAUCUUGCAUUUUCCCCAAAUCAUGUAUCAACCUCUCCUCCCUCAAACUCAGUGGAGGCCUCAGAUGUUGGACAACCAGCCCUAGAUCUCGAUAAAAAGAUUCGAGCACUUAAAAAGAAGAUUCGACUCGCAGAAGCUCAACAGAAAACACCACAGCAAGAUAUGAAGCCAGAACAGUUGGAGAAGUUGGCUUGAGGAGCUAAAGCUUUUAGAGGGCUGAAUUGACACCAUUGUGAGUAUGUUUCUAUAGCUGAAGAAACCGCGUGGUUCAUUUACAAUUUUAU